AUGAAAUCUCUCGUUCGCACCCUAUCGAGGCCUACUCGACUGGUCCGCACUGCUCUGCCGAUAUGUACUCGGAAAUUUAGUAUCGUCCCGGCGCGGCCAAGGAGAGUACCCAAAUCGAAAUCGAAAUCUUCACAGCCAACAUCUUAUAGUGGCUUGUCAAGCCCCUCGAAGUCUGCCGCCGGGACAGGUCACGCCGAUGCGUACUACAACUUCCGUAGAUUGGUGCAGAAACACUUCAACAGUCUUCUCGACAGGCUUGAGUCGCUGGACCCCCAAAGUGACGAGUACAAGGGUUUUGGAUUCACGGGGUCACGCAACAUCCGCAUAACAGCCAAACGAUUCACCGACGCUCUGGAGGCGAGCUUCAACUUGGCGGCGCAUGGCAGUCACAGCAGGGCCGACAAUCCAUUAUUCUGGAGCCUGCGUCAUGGGUUUGUUACCGGUAACAUUGGUGGGCUCAACAGGGAGAUCAAGUACGCCUUCCGCAGCUUCGCCGGACAUACCAAGUACAGCACUCCUUCGACAAAUGUCCUUCCCAAGCUUGGUGACUUCCAGCACCCCACAGAAUGGUUUCCCGGCACACGAAGCAUACAGAGAAAAGUACAUCUCCACGUUGGCCCGACGAAUUCCGGAAAGACAUAUAACGCACUCAAGGCACUGGAGGGCGCAACGACAGGCGUGUACGCAGGACCGCUGAGGCUGCUGGCCCACGAGGUGUAUACUCGCAUGGUGGCCAAGGGCCGGAGCUGUGCUCUACUGACCGGUGAGGAACAGAGGUGGCCGGAAAACAUUCAAAGUUUUGUCUCUUCUUGCACGGUGGAGAUGGCACCGCUCAACUCACUCGUCGACGUGGCAGUCAUUGAUGAGAUUCAGAUGAUUGCGGAUCCGAAUCGGGGCUGGGCUUGGACGCAGGCCGUUCUUGGAAUCCAAGCACGCGAGCUUCAUCUCUGUGGUGAGGAGAGAACCGUGGAUCUCAUCAAGAGACUGAUUGAGAGCAUGGGAGACGAAUGCAUCGUGCACCAAUACAAGAGAUUGAGCCCGCUGGAGGCGAUGAAAUCAAGUCUGGGUGGUAGUUUGAAAAAGCUUCAGAAGGGCGAUGCGGUUGUCGCCUUUAGCAGGCUUGGUCUCCACUCUCUCAAACAAGGCAUUGAAAAGCAGACGGGCAAACGGUGUGCUAUUGUCUACGGCGCCUUGCCUCCCGAGACCAGAGCCGAACAGGCCGCACUGUUCAACGACCCGAACAAUGAAUACGACUACAUUGUGGCGAGCGAUGCUAUAGGCAUGGGCCUUAACCUGGAGAUCAAGAGAGUCGUGUUCGACACGACCAACAAGUUUGACGGCUCAGAACGACGUUUCUUGGAGGAUCCUGAAAUCAAGCAAAUUGGCGGCAGGGCUGGCCGCUUUCGCACUGCAGCCCAGGCCAUACAGAGGGGGACGGAGGGCGACGAGGGGGGUGUCAGCAAAGCAGUGUCCCGUCCAAACAUCGGUUAUGUUACUUGUGUGGACGAAGCCGAUUUACGGAGAAUCCAGAGGGCAUUCGAAGUAGAAGUGCCCCCGAUCAAGGCGGCCGGGCUAUUGCCGCCCGCGAACAUCAUUGAGAAAUUCUCGACGUAUUUUUCACCGGACACACCGCUGUCACACAUUCUUCUCAAAAUCCGAGAGGUAGUCAGGACCUCGAACGACUAUUUCGUCUGUAAUUUCGACGACUGGAUCGAGAUUGCAGAUAUCAUACAGGCCUUUCCUAUGCCGAUGUCAGACCGCCUUGUGCUGCUUGCGGCGCCCAUAGACAUGAAUACCAGGGAUUUCUUACGAACUUGUGCCAAGUGCAUAUCCGAGAUGAAGGAUGGGCAUCUUCUGAGCUUGGAAGGGCUCAACCUGGAGCUGCUUGACGCAGACGACAGGCACCUUCCCAAAUUCAAGGCCCAGGAGCGGCUAAACAAACUCGAAGCGCUCCACAAGUGUCUCAUUUUAUACCUCUGGCUCAGCUAUCGAUACCAGGGCGUGUUUGUCAGCCAGGAUCUUGCUUUCCACGCGAAGACGCUCGUUGAAAACAAGAUUCGUGAUCAGCUGGACAAGGUAGACUUCAGAUCACAGGAAAGGAUAUUCCAAAAGAAGAGGAUCGAAGCUUUAAUGUUGAAGAACCAAGCCAGGAAGCAAGAGAUGUUGCAGGAGGCUGGUUUGGUGGAUGAUGAGAUGGAUAGCCAGCUGGUAAUUGACGCUUCGGCAUAG